UCUCGUCAAAGCGUCGAAAGGAGGAGAAGUGCCUCCUUUGUGUUCGAGCAAAUGCUGUAGAUAAGAUGUUGACGGAACAAGGGGGUGAGAGCUCCGCGGACGGGGCUGGGGAAGCGGGAGCGCGUCAAGGAUGAUGUUUCCGCGGCUGGAAGAGCACGAGCAGUCUCCCCCUCCAAUCCCAUUCCUCUUGGACUUUCAUCUCUCUCUACCUAAGACUUCACUCGAUAUUAUUCCCACCUUAUCUAUCUGGGAUUAACCUCUCUCCAUACACCCUACACAUCUCCCUCUCGUCUACCUCGUCGCCCUCGUCAUUCGUCUCAACGCUGCUUCUACAGGUUCCAGCUCUCUCUCUCUCUGGUUUUGUUUUGAAGAUGAACAUGUAGUCGGUCCGGCUUUUGUGCAUCAUCUUGAUACCUGGGGAGAACACCAUGCAGCAAAAGGGUGCAAAUGAAGAUCUUAUACCAGUCCAUUAAUCCAAAUGGGCAACCAGCAUGCCCUCUUAAAAGUUCUGCCAUGGAUGCCUGUCAACAACGUUUUCAAAUGGGUCUGCCUCUGCAUGGUGUUUCCUCCCUGAAGGCAUGCCCAUUAAGCUCAUUGAAGAAGGCCUCUGUCACCAUUGCAGGCAGGGAAUCCAGACAAGGACGGCCUUCAUAUGCUGUAUCUGAUGUUGGAACCGACCCUGAUGCACGCAUUGACAUAUUCGAUGGAUCCACCAGUAGCAUUUGCAAUCUUUCUCAUUCACUUGUAAACGAACACAAAGUUGGGCAUGUCGAAAAUUGCAACAUGCCGGUGUGCGGCCUGGAGUUUCAGUUUCAGCCCUUAACUCCGAGUUUCAUGCAUGCUAUCAUGGAGGAAGAGAAGUUCAGUGUGACACAAGAUGCCAGCAAAGAGGGCGAUCAAAACUCUUCCAAGCCAAGUGAUGUUCUUGUCAUUUCUGUCUCUUCUGCUGUGAAAUUGGAUGAUAGGCAGAUCAAUCUCAUCUCAAGAAAGAUGCAGAGGCUGACAGGGUUCAGAAAAUUGAGACUGGAAAACAUUGUCGAUCCAUCGCUGAUUGCAGGCUUUGUCAUUAGCUACUGUGACGAUGGGUCGCAUAUUAUUGAUCUGAGCGUGAAAGGUCAGUUGGCUAUGCUCGCAGCAAGGCUUGAAUCCUCAGAUCAGAAGAGUGCUAACACAGUUGGAGAUUUCCUGACAGCAUGAAUUGAACUGCAUCAAGUAAAUACUCACUAGUUAAAACCAUGAACUAAGACACUAGGAAGAGGCUUGAUCUUGUUCUGUUCAGAUCUAAGUUUUUAGUCUAAGAGAUGUGUAUACUGGUAGGAUGUUAACUUUUUUGUGUAUUAAUAGUAAAUAUAUCAAUGGAGUUUCUAAUA